UAGCUCGCUUGCCUUUGCCCGCCCUUCCCAACUCCGCAGCAAGACGCCCUGCGUUAGUAGCAGAGGCAAAAUGGCGGUACCUUUGAUUAGCAAGAAAAUUGUUAAGAAGCGUGUCAAGAAGUUCAAGAGACCUCAAAGUGACAGGAAAAUCUCUGUGAAGCCAAGCUGGCGAAGGCCCAAGGGUAUUGAUUCCCGUGUGAGGAGAAAGUUUAAAGGAUGUACAUUGAUGCCGAAUAUCGGUUAUGGUUCAGACAAGAAGACCCGCCAUUAUCUCCCCAAUGGUUUCAAGAAAUUUGUUGUGCACAGCGUCAGUGAGCUGGAACUCCUGAUGAUGCACAACAGGACUUACUGUGCUGAGAUAGCACACAACGUGUCGACCCGUAAGAGGAAGGAGAUUGUCGAGCGAGCAGCUCAGUUGGAUGUUGUUAUUACCAACGGACUGGCCAGGUUGCGUAGCCAGGAGGAGGAGUAAUUUGCUGAAGCUUGUGUUGAAAUUGUUAUGCUUGUACUGGCUGGGCAGUUUCUGAACCAGAUAGGAAAUCCUAUUCAGAUUGAAUGUGCUAUUUUCUCUGUUUUUAGACUUAUGCUCUCUUUGCCUCUUCAUUUUAUUAGAUGAAGCUUCUACAGUUUUGGCUAUUUGGAAAUCCUUUGAGACUAUGAAUCAAUCUGAGAAAGUAGUCACGCCUAUUGUUUUUUACUGAAUGAUGUGGGUAAUUUAAAGUUAAUGCGAAGGUAAUAAUCAUUUUGUAGUUAA